AAUAUUCGUAUCAACUUCCAGAAAUUAUGGCGUAGUAUAAACCUUCGUGUUCGUGCACAAAUGGGUGCCACCACAGCACCAACAGAUUCUUGGGAUGCGUGUGUGUGUACGAUUGAAAAAGCGAAUUCUCUACUGAAUCGUGCUGCUGAUGAAGGCGCCCUUGAAAGCAUUGGUUUUUACAAACGUCUACCACUCAAUCGUUUCAGUCAGCAUAUUCAGCUAAUCGCGAUGAGUGCAACAAUAUCAAAUUUAUUCGAACUCGCCCACUGGUUCAACGCAAUCAGUUAUGAGACUCAGUUUCGACCCAUUGAAUUGCGAGAAGGAAUCUUAGUAAAUGGUUCCGUAUUGGACGUACAAACGUUCUCACCGUUACGCGCAAUCAAACCACAUUCCGAAGUGCAAACCGAAGCUGAUUGGAUUAUCGCAUUAUGUGUUGAAUCGUUGUCGAACGAUGGCAGUGUGUUGGUAUUCUGCAGUUCCAAAUCAGAAACUGAGAAAAUCGCUUCAUUAUUGUGUGAUUAUUUCAAUGAGAGUACAUCUGCUGGCGAUCAUCAUCUAAAGUCGAAUGUUUUGGAUAUAAUAAAAACGAAUUCACUGAAGAGUUUCGAGGAAUACUUUCGGAGUGAAACACAAUCAAACGAUGAAAUUCUCUUGAGAACAAUUCCAAACGGCAUUGCCUUUCAUCAUGCGGGGUUAACAAUGGAAGAACGAGAGGCAAUAGAGGAUGGUUUUCGUGGAGGUCAGCUGAGAGUUUUGACUGCUACAUCAACACUAAGUUCCGGUGUAAACUUACCGGCUCAGACGGUUAUUAUCAAAGCUCAAAUGUCCGGACCCUCAGCCCUCACCAAUACCACGUAUCGACAGAUGGUUGGUAGAGCUGGGCGAUUGGGGCAAUCCUCAAAGGGUUUGUCGAAUCAUUUCAUUCGUUUGACUAAUUGA